ACUGUCAGACAUGCGUGUCAGUGCUGUAGUCUCAAACGCUAUGAACCAACCUUUCUGCUACCCACAGCUGUCACAACUAAUCAAAAACUGUCAUGUGCGCUCUCUGAUGUAAUCAAUUGCGGUGAGAUUAAAAUCAUCUCAAUAAAUUUCCGAACGAAGAACGAGGCUGACGUGCGGGCCAGCUAAGUGUUUAGUGAAAAUUUGGGCACUCGUAGUGCGUGCAGAAGUUCUGUGAUAAAAUCGUGCCGUAAAUGCAACUUGCUUCUAAACUCGCUCCUAGCUUCCAUCUUCUCCGCGACGGUAUCAUUCUUUCCCGGUCAAAGUGUCUUCGGGAAGGUAUUUUCUUAUGCCGAGCUUAUGCUGGAAUCGAUUUUAAUUCAAUUAAGACAAAGCAAGCCGUGCGAUAGUGAGGCAAAACUGUAGUACGUCCGUGCUUAAUCGUCGUCAAACCUUGCUAGUGCGAAGUUCAACCGUAGAACGGAAGUAGGAAGCAUACUGAAUACAUUUAUAACACCCGGUAAACGCAGAAUACAGCCUUCUCUGGCGGGGUAGCACAUACUGGCCCAGAACGCGGAACCAGAACGCUUUCCGGACGGUGUUAUUGUACUGAAGCGCAGAAACAUGAAGAAACGUAGCAGUCCGCCACCGUCGACGGCGGACGGUGGCAUUGGCAGUGAAACGCUGCUGCAUGCCUCGCAGCACACGAUGGCGGUCAACGAAUUUAAGUUCAUUAACGAGCGCCCGGUGGACGAUAUCUCGCUUAACUUCUUUUACAAACCACACACAAUCACGCUGCUGGCCGUUUCGAUAUUCGGUGUGAUGUACUUUGCCUUCGUCCGUAAUCAGUCCGAUAUACAGGAGAACAUUUGGGCCGGCAUGCUGUGCGUCAUAUUCUUCUUCCUGAUCAUCUCCGUACUUGCAUUCCCGAACGGACCGUUUACACGACCACAUCCGGUGGUCUGGCGGAUGCUUUUCGGCCUGUCGGUGCUCUACCUAAUGCUGCUACAGUUUCUAAUGUUCCAGGAUUAUAAGUCCAUCAUGGGGAUAUUCUACUGGUUCGAUCCGAAGCUGAGAGAUUUUCAUAUCGACAUGGAAAAGCAAUACGCCGCCAACUGUUCGGAUAUGUCGUUCGAGCGCAUCUGGUCACAUGUGGAUGUGUUUGCCUGGGGGCACUUUCUUGGGUGGGCUUUCAAGGCCGUUCUUAUUCGACAUAUGGGCAUUCUGUGGGCCAUCUCGGUGAUGUGGGAAAUCACGGAAAUAACGUUCGCACACCUGCUGCCCAACUUUGCCGAAUGCUGGUGGGAUGCGCUGAUACUGGACGUGCUGGUUUGCAAUGGGUUCGGUAUUUGGUGCGGGUUGAAGAUCUGCAAGUUGCUGGAAAUGCGUGAAUACAAGUGGGCCAGCAUUCGGGACAUAUCGUCUACCACCGGGAAGCUAAAGCGCGCCGUAUUGCAAUUCACCCCGGAAAGCUGGGCACCCGUACGGUGGCUCGAUCCGAAGUGUACCUAUAUGCGAUUCUUCGCCGUCUGUCAGUUAGUUUUGCUUUGGCAGCUAACCGAGUUAAAUACCUUCUUCUUGAAACACAUUUUUGAAAUGCCCCCAUCGCAUCCGGUCGUCAUCGGGCGGCUGGUGUUUGUCGGUCUGUUUACCGCGCCCUCGGUGAGGCAGUACUAUAUUUAUGUAACGGACACGCGCUGCAAACGAUUGGGUACGCAGUGCUGGGUGUACAUAGCCAUCCUCGUAUCGGAGGCCAUUCUCUGCAUUAAAAAUGGCAAGGAGCUGUUUGAGCGUACGCAGGUGAAGAAUAUUGUCGUGUGGCUCAUCAUACAGGCGGUACUCUCGGUACUCUUUGUGUACGGUUGCAUGCUGUGGCACAGAUAUGUUGAGGAAGACGAUUCCAGAGACGGAUCUCCGGUGAAGCAAAUGAACCGCACGUUCAAGGAUUCCGCCAUCGUAUCGGGUGACUCGAAAGGAUACAAAGGUGGUUCCUCCUCGGCGAAAAGCUCACCCCAAUCUACGCCUACCAAAAAAGCCCGAUCUCAACAGGGGAACAAUGUUUCUCUAGGCUCAACUGGCAAAUUGGUCCGCGAACACGUUGAAUAGGUUUACUAGGUACAAAAAUCUAGCGCACACAGACUCAGUUGGCCACAUUAGCUUUCCUAGACAUGCUCGUUUGACAUUUAUCCAGGAUACACUGUUUAUUCUUCUCCUUUAUAGCAAGUGCUGUAACUCGCAGCUUUGCGAACACUAUAACGCAUGCAUCCGUACCGGAUGUUGGGCAAACAAUCUUUGCUAUCUAUCCAAUUCCGAACCUAGUUGCAGAAGUGUGAAAGCAUUUGAUUGUAAUAUGCGUACAAUGUAGACGCUUCUUCGCGGACCACAUAGCUUGACCGGAGCGAUGUCUCAUGCUCGGUAAUACCGGCAAUGUUUCUUCCUUAUCUUACAAUCCUUACCUAGACAACCAACAGCUCUUGAAUACUCUAAUAAUAUGCUGCUUAAUGUUAGUUUUCAUUGUGUUUUUUUUAGUUAUGCGUUAUGUUUCGUUAUGUUUGAAAAAUAAAAUGCUUCCCGCGCGUUUCCAUGCUGCGUAACAGUGCAACAUUGUUACCGCGUAACCCGCGUGCAAAGCUUUAUAGGCGUAGUUAGCAAUCAGCACAUAUUUUGCAUCCUUUAAGUGAGUGUCUAUGUGUGUAUAUGGUGUUUCUUUCCAUUCUGUCGAGUUUGACUAAACAAAACACAUCGGGCUGCACAUAAAGAUGCGGGGCCGAGAAAAAGGCUGAUCGAAUUAUGUAGCAAACAAGGUAGGAUUAUAGCUAGGUUAGAGAGAUAGAAAGAGUGUUGUAUUGCACCUCGUGAUGGUAUCAUUAAGGAUGGUAAUCUUAGGGAUAGUUAAUGAAAUGCCAUCCAACGUGUAUCAUACCGCAAUACCUGAUUUUAUCGACAAGGACGCUGAUAACACUGGAAAGUCCAGACGGAAUCGUAAACAAAAGCUACGGAUGCGCUGUACAAAUUGUAUUUGCAAGUAAUUUAUUGUAAUAAAGAAACAAGACUUAAGUGAGCGACGCAUCCAGUGGCAAGUCCCCGAUAAACGAUGGUUGGAUGAGAGUAGCUAGUGCAAGGAUAUCUGUUGAGCUGUAGGUUUAUAUUCCAACAAGCUUCCGUUUUUUGAACUAUAAAGUCGCAAACUGUUAAAAAAAUACCAGUAACACACACAAAUAAGCGUUGGUUAAAUAUGUUCUCUCCCGUUGCCGAAGCUGUUGUAGCGGGUAGUGUAGUUCUCGCUAGAAAUGCUUCAUUAAAACAACCAAACAACAAAACAAACCUAUUAGAUCAAGUGCGCGCUCGCGCACCGUUCUUUGCCUUUCUCUACUUUACGACUGGUACGAUCCUUACAUAUCUGUAUGAAUGAAAAAAAAAACUUAGGAAGAAAGCAAUUUUACAGCAUCGAGCACUAAAUUCAUUUCAACACCAAGCAAAUACUGCACGAAUCUGGUGUCCUAUCAAGUCUUUACGGUUUCGGAAAGCUUCUUUUGAUUCCUCAAGAAGUUCGCUCAAUAUCUCACUAGAAACGGUCAGGUGGCAGGAGUUAAAAAAAGGCUUCUUCGUUUACUGCUGCGCUGAACCAAGUCCCCGUUACGCCGUAGACAACCAAUCUCUCUAGUCAGUAAGUGAAAUCAGAAGAAGGGUGGAACGCUUUGCUCCACUUUCACCAUAAAUAUUACUAAGCUAGUUUUAUCAACUUUUUACUCUCAAGCAUUACGUACCGCCCCCGGAUACAGACUGUUACGAUGAAUCGUUACGACGUUUGAUGCGAGAUUCGUUAAGAUCUUUAAACGUGCUUUGGCGAACAGGCAAAUCCUUCCGGUUGUACGAUUUAUGGGGAUGUAGGGACACAGUCACCACCACAUCCGUCAGGUGUAUGGUAACGCUUGUCGGUAACACACCGAAAACAAAGAACAUUUAUUUUAAGUAGUUUUUGUUAUAAAUAAAAUCGCAUGUUACUCUGUACCUAUAGAGGGAUAGCAUCUUACUGCUGCAAUUAGUUUUGACAGUGCGUUCUUAACUUUGGCAGAAAAGAAGCGAACGAAAUGCGAAAAAAUGAACCAAAAAUUAAUAAAAAAAGAAACAUAAGCGACAAACGUGUAGGUUAAGAUGGAAUAAUAAUAAUGAAAACUCAUUGUGGUUGGAAUUACGUUGUGUAAAUGGUUACCUUUUGUUUGUUUUACAAGAAUAAUGGAAGGAAAAAUUGCAAAAAUAAAAAAAUGUGUAAAAAACAGUAA